AUGGACUCAGAAACUACUAACGACAUUAGUAGUCUCUUUCCUGAACCCCGUAAACUCAAUCAACAUGUUCGUUACAUCGAACGCUCUUCAACGGAUUUAAAUACAGAUCUUGACGUAAUUCGAGAUGUGGAAUUAUUUAAUCGCUCUUACGAAAUCGGAGGACAGAUUGGAAAGGGUGGAUUUGGAAAGGUGAAUGAAGCCGUUCACGUUGAAACUGGAAAAUCGGUUAUUAUCAAACGUGUUGAUUCUGACCGAGUCCCAUGCUGGUGCCGGCUUGAUGGCAUUAUGGUUCCCAUGGAGGUUAUUCUCUUAAAGAAGCUCUCCAAAGUCGAGGGUGUUUCUAAGAUGCUUGAGGUGUACGACCUCAAUGAUACUUGGCGAAUUGUUAUGGAUGGAAAUCCCCCGAAUACUCUUGAUUUGUUCGAUUACAUUUGCAAGCGUGGAUACCUUACUGAAGGCGAAUCAGCCUUUAUCAUGUACCAACUUGUUGGAAUUCUACUUCAAUGCCACGCAGAAGGCGUCAUCCAUCGUGAUCUCAAGGAUGAGAAUAUUCUCAUUGAUCCUGAAACCUUCAAGAUUUGUCUCAUUGAUUUUGGUUCGGGAUCAUUCCUUCAUGAAGAAAUCUAUACGGAUUUCGAUGGAACUCGUGUUUACUCUCCUCCAGAGUGGAUUGUAACUGGCGAGUACCUUGGAAAGGCAGCCGAGGUCUGGACUGUUGGGAUUCUUCUAUUUGACAUGAUUAAUGGAGACAUUCCAUUCAACAAUGAUAGGGAAAUUCUCUCCGGCCAAGUUCGAUUUCGUCGAUCCGGGGUCAGUCAAGAAGUCCGGAAUCUUAUCUAUAAUUGCCUUAGACAAGAUCCGGAAGAGCGUCCAAAUCUUGCCCAAAUCCUCCAACACUCUUGGAUGAAGAUGUUUAAAAAAUCCAUCGCCAAGGUGAACUGUCAAGCAUCUAGAUACGCUCUCUCAACAACUAGUGGUCCCGUUCAGUCUCCCCUUACUUCCUCUGUCACAGUUCGCUCCGGUCUUUGUAAUCUUGCUAACCUUUCAAUAGCAACGGACAGUCAAAAUGGCAUCCAACAUAAACAAAAGGAAAGCUGUGAAAUCUCUCCGGAUUUACUCCCCAUACAAUCAGCUGAGUCUGUUUCUGCUACUUAUAAACAUGGUGGAUAUAACUAUGGUGGUCUACUGAGGAGUCAACCUGAAUCGACAAUCAAUAAGUACUCUUCCUCAUCCUCUUCGGUUUCCAAUAUCGAUCAAAAUCCCAGUUCCGCCGCUUUGCGCCUUAAUCCUGCUGUUCCUGACGUGCUUCAUCGGUUUGAUGCCCGUCUCCCUAAUGCGAUUGAAGCUAGUUUUUUUCGUCGACAACAGGAGGUGGAACAACAGCGACAAUUCAGCUUGGAUAUCGCCCGAGAUUUCCAGCUCUCCGGAGAGUUGCCCAGUCCCAGUAGCUCCGGCUACAUCUCCCGUUCCAGUUCCAUUGAAGAACAGGACCGUGGGACUUCCAAGGUGAUUCAUUCCAAUCCCAAAUUGAAUCGGGAAGAAUCCACAGAUAGUUCCCUCUCCGCAUCCGACCAGCACCCCUUCGUUUCCGAGGACAAAGAUCGGGUUAUCCUCUUUACGAUUGCCGAAAAUUGUCCCCGAAUUGUGGGCAAAUCGAAACUCGCUCAUGUACAAUCAUGUGGUUCUCACAUGUCCCAUUGUUAG